UCAGUUGUCCGUGAGGCAGUGGAUGGUUAAGAGGCAGGCACUGUAUUCCUCAGACGCUCGCGAGAUCUGACACGGAUGUUAAUUUUUUUGCUUUAACUCGCAAAUGAUUCUUUUCCAGCGUCUUCCUGACGGCGAGUGCUCAAUGGUUUUGUGUCGUUCUUCUAGGUAGAAAGUUUAAAAAAGGCGCUGGUAUAAUAUCGUCCUUUAGUGGAUUUUGCAAAGUUACUUGAACGAAAGGUAUAAAUUGUGAAUAUGCUGGACUGAAUUCAAAAACAAAACCCGCGUCUGGAUUAAAUUGCAGAGGAUAUCAGUGUCAUUCUGCAAAACUGUGCGGUGUUGCGAAGUCUUGGCAAUUCAACAACACAGGUUUGACAGCGUCAAUAUCAAAGGACUGGCCAGAACGGCGUUACUUCGUUCACCAACUGAAUACCACCCGACGGUCAUUGGUGAACUGGUGUUAUGAACAAUUAUCAGCUGGCAUGUGAACAAGGGUCGUGAUGACGAGUGAGGUGGAGAUCGGAGUGUGGGUGGAGGGCGUGCAGAAGUGGGUGACGGGCGUGACUCGGCGCACCACCUGCCAUGACGUCAUCAAGGCCCUGCUUCGCGCGCAGCAAAACGCGCGCAUCGACGAUAGUGACGUCAACCAUUACGUCAUCGUUGAGAGAUGGCGGAAGGUGGAGAGGCCCCUCGACCACGAGCAGAGAAUACUCAAGGUAUGGCGCACCUGGGGCGAGGCCGUCGGAGAGGUCCGUUUCUCCCUUCGGCGUCAGCGCGACGGAGAUAGCUGCCUGUCCUCCGGAGGGGGCGGCAGUAGCAUCGGGCGGCCGGAGCGGAGUCGGAGACGACACAAGUGGAGGCAUGCCCACCACAGCCCCAAAGAGACCGUUCAUCCCAAGAAGCUGGCCAGAGAGGACCCGAAAUUCUGUGAGACUAUGGAGAGACUGAUGCGUCUGGUAGUAGCACAGGGAGAGACUAUCCAGACACAACUCCGUAGACUCCAAGAGCGGGAACAUCAAAUCGAGCAGUAUGAGCAGCAGAUGCACCUGCUUCGCGUUCAGAACCUGGGCACCGACUACCUGCUUCAUUCGUACCUCAAGGAUGAACAGGGUGAAAUAAAAGAUGAGCCUGGAAGUGAAGAGAAGAGCAACGACUCGGGUGUCGUAACCGAGGAGAGUGCUUUGAACCAGGAGGAAGAAACUGCUGUUGCAUCUGGUACCGACGAACUGGAUGAGAUUGUCAGACUUUUAACUAAAAUCGAGCACAUGAAUACGCGACUAUUGCACGAGGAAGAGGCAUUAGCUGGGAUGUUGAAUGCUGUGCAAGCUGCUGAUGAACAGCAGAAAGAUGAAGCUGAAGUUUUGCAGCAAGAAUUGGCUUGCGUUGCACUUGCACACGCACAAUUGGUCUCCAACGUACGACAGAAUGAAAUCACCCUCAGAGAAAUGGAAACGGUUCUCUGGCAACAACGGAAAGAGCUGGAUGCCCUUCUAAGAGAAGAUACAGAAUCAGACAUGGAAACGCGAGCUUUACAGCAACAUCUCAAUUACAUUAUCCACCUCCCACCUACAGCUUUCCGUUUACCCGAGGAGGACGAGGAGGAGGAGGAUGAGGUAAGUAAAAAGCCAGUACCGGCACCUGCUGUAAACUCGAGUGCUCCACCACCACCGCCGCCACCAUCAGCAGCUACAAUAACAGAGAGAGUACCACCUGUAACUGCCCAAAAACCUACUAAUGGUAACACUACUUUAGUUUCUAUUCUAAAAAAUAGCAGUACCAAAAAUGUUAUAUGGGAGGAGGAUGAGGAAGAGGAUAGUCCGCCUCCUCUUCCGUCCUGUCCUCCUCCAGUAAUAGACGACGAAGAUGAUGGGGACUCCGCAAACAACAGCAGUCUGUGCGUGAGUUCACGAUCUAGUACGUCCUCAGAAGCUUCUACAAGUAGCUCUACCAGUGGUCUCAAUAGUAAAGUGCCUGAUAGUUCUCCACCAAAUAAGUCAACAUCCUCCUUGAAGUCGUCAAAAACCUCCUCUGAGAGAAGUGGGAAGGACACAGACUCUACAGACUCUAAUUCAGAUACAGGUUUAAGUUCUCUGCAUAGCAGUAGUGAUGAAGGUGUUUAUGUCCUUGACACUCUAGUAUAAGAAUUACAAAUUUACAGUUGCCUGACACUUGGUGAAAACAUUGACAGUGAGUUGUCAGACAAACUGAGAAGAUAUCUGUAAGAGAGCUCCAUAUUAGCAGCUCAUUUAACUGAUCUCAUCGUAGAGGUAUUCAGUGUAGACAGUGUACAGAACAGUGUUAUAAAAAAUAUAUAAAUAUAUAUAUAAAAGAAAAAAGGAAACAAAACCAGUGAACCAAAAGUAUACUCAGUGAACAGUUCGGUGUAUCAUAAACGGCAAUAGGUAUGUGACAUAUGUAAAUGAGAUAUAGAUAUAUAAAUAUAUGUAUGUUUCUCUAUAAAUCUUUACUUGCUGUAGGGAAUUGUGCCAGUGUCUACCCCACAAACUGGUGAAAUGUCAAAGAUAUUUUUAUUCUUGUUUAUUUUCUUGGUGCCUUUGGGAGGUUCACCUCGAGCUCAGUGUUGAAGCUUUAUCAUGAAUUUUAAGGAAGUACAUACUUAUGUGACAGUAAUAGGGAGAUAGCAUGCAUUUAUUCCAUUUAAUACUCUUCUUACUGAUUCUCCAAACAUUUCAAUGUAAUUGUCCUUAUCCUUGCUUGUUUUGUUGUAUUUUCUUCUUACCCAAAGAUCACUGCUUCUACUUGAUGCUUAAAGUCAAGUAUUAAUGAAGACAGUGGUUUGCACAACUGCCCCUUUUUUAAAAGAAUGGUAAUUUGUAAUUGGGCGUGAAGGAUUUUCAUUAGAGGUCUUAUCUUUACCAUGUUACCAAUGAGUAUUACAUAGGAUAUUAAAAUACCUUAAUGGACCCUUGUCUCUUUAAAACAAAAGCUCUGGAGUACCAUGCAGAUAGAGAACCAUUAAUACACACUAGUAAUGUGGAAGAAUAUCUCAUAUUUUGUAAUCAGUUUUGAUAUUUUUAUUUGUUUAAGUGUUAAUGUUUCUGUGAGUUAAAGGUCUUACACUUUUAUAUAGAUCUCUAGAUUCCAUACCAUCUCAGAUACUUAGUACAGUAUCAGUCUGGAUUCGUUUCAUGUAGUAGUACGUAUAUGAGAUCUUGGAAAGUAAAUCUAGAAAAUGUCAGGUUUGAAAGACACAGGUAAUGCAUAAGAAAACUGACCUAGAAUUUUUAAAAUGUGUAACAGAAGUAAAAUAAGAACAUGAAGUUUAUCAUUAUAAGCCUGACACUUCCUGUGAUAUCUAUGUUUACUACCCUUUUUUGUCAGUCGAGAUGGGAAUUGAAAUAAAUUUAAAAUAACAGGGUAAGGAAUUUUUAAAGAUAGUUUUCCUGCCAUGGGUUUUGUAAGGUUUACAAGCUAUUUACUAUUCUCUUUUUACAAGUUUUUGUGAUGUAAGAAAAGCCUUUAAUGAAAUUCCUUGAUAUAGCCUCUAGAUGUUCCAUUUUUUUUAUUUUACUCCAUACUAAAUGUUUGUAUAUUGAUAUAUAUAUAUAUUGGAAAGAUAGUACAAAAUUUGUUCUUAUGAAAUGAAAAAACAAUGAUUGGCUUAAACUAGUAUGUAAGCCAUAUGGUGUAUUUUUUUCAUGUCUUGUGUAUUUUCAUAUAGUUUUAUAUAUGAAUGUGUAUGGAGGGGUUUUACAAUGAGAGGUAGAUAGUUGUUAAUGUGCCACUUUAGUGUUUCUUUGUCAGAUAAAUUAUAUGGAGAGCUCCAGAAAAAAAUAUGAGUUACCUCUGUAUAAAUGGUUUGGCAAGGUAAUGUGACCUUAAAUUCCAGUGUAUACUGUACUGUAAUCUCCCCCUUGUGAAAUAUUUUCAAAACCUUUCAGCUACAAGAACUCUCUCCAUUAUAAAAUGCUUGAAAAUUAUUUAUUAGAGCAAAGUUGCAUAUUGCAUAGCAUUUAAAGAUUUAUGUACUUUGAAUAUAUAUUGGAGGUUUGGCUACUUUUUCCAUUCUUUAUCAAUGGAAAUUUAUGUUAUGCAUAUACAUCACAUUAAAUAAUAGGACUAAAUUUAUGGCUCCUAUCAGUUGUAAAUUUUUUCACCAAAAGACUGAGUUUUGUAGUUCAGGAACUUAUGUUACAAAUGCAGCACUGUUAUUAAUAUUGUCACAUAACUUUGGCAAAAAGAAGUCAAACUUUCUUUUUAUCAUUGUGAUGUACGUAUAGCAAAAAUAGUAAAACGGUCAUGAAGUGCCUACAGUAUAGAAUUGUAGGUGUCUUCUCUGUGAAUCCAGCAGCAUUUGGUUGAACUGUUGUUUUGCUCUUUCAAAUGUAUAUCAAAUUGAUCACCUGUGACAAAUGAGUUGAGGGAAAUUUUUAUGAACGAAGUGUUCGUGGCUGUGACACUGGAAUUCUGCUUUGAUUAUUAUCAUUAUAUUAUAGGAGAAAGUAACUUAAAACAUAUUGUCUACCUAGAACUUUGUGAUCUUGUGGUUUUGCACAAAAAUGUUUUAAAUUCAAGUACCAUAUAUAUAAAUAUAAAUGGAGUGGAGUACAGUUAUAUGCAUAUACUAUAUGGUUCCAUAAAAUUCUCACUCAAAAUGAGAGGCUACUCUUUGCUUAUAAUUUUAUAAGUAUUGAGAUUAAUUUCUUACUUUUAAGCAAAUGCUCUUGCACCUGGAAGAAAGUUGUACAUAAGAAGAUUGAGCGUGCUUUUUUUUAUUGACCAGAAAUUAUAACUACACAAAAUUCCUGACCCAUUUUAAAUUAUAUUAGUUUCAAGGUAAAUAAUUUAGCAUUCAUUUAGAGUUCAAUUUUUAAGAUGAUCAAACGGCAUUGCAAAACAAAGCAAUCUAUGUACAAUUGACUUAAUCAAAUAUCUUCAUGGUAGAUAUCAUCUGAAGAGCAAGAACACCUGUUCACCCAGUAUUACAACAGUAUUAUAUUUAAUUUCUGUUACACAUAGGUUAACUUUAGCUUCCUUCAUACGUAUACAUCUUGUUUAGCAUUCUUUGUAUGUAAAAAUGUUUCCUAUACAUUUUCAUGUGUCUUUUGUAUGUAAACAUUUUUCCUGCCUUAUUAUUUGUGCCGCAUAUCAUUCAGGUGAGAUUUUAUCCAAACUAAAAGAUUUUAAAGUUGAAAAAAUUUAAGCGUUUAGUUGUUUUUGAAUCUUUACUUUAUACUCUGGUUUCCAUCGUCAUUAACAAGGACUGCAAGGAGAGUAAAUGUGAGUUUUUUUACCCAUUUCUAAAUCUACCAAAAAAUCAUUAAUGUGCAAUUUUAAUAAUUUUGAAUUUUAUAAUAUCCUUGCAGUCAGUUUUGCCUCAGUGCCUUCUUAUACUUUAUUUCAGGCUCUUUUCAUAUUGCAUCUUGGUACAAAUGUGUAUAUUUUUAGAAACCAAUGAUGAUUAUAUCAAUAUUUUUAUGACUGUACAUAGUGUAGAAAUUUUAUAAUUCAUGUACAUACAAUAUUGUCAACAAUAAAAUUCACACUUAUAGA